AUGUCUUCGGAUGAAUCUAUUGAAUCUGCUCAAAGAGCUGUUCUAGAAGAAGUAACAAAACAUGAAUAUGAAUUGCAUCAUGUUGAGCCCCCAGCUGAAUCAUUAUCAACAACACAAGCUAAAGUCUUGAUAGAAGUUCAAGGUGGUAAACAUGAACUACAUCAUAUUGAACCACCAGGUACACCAUUAUCAACAACACAAGCUAGAGUAUUACUCGCAGUUCAAGGUGGUAAACAUGAAUUGCAUCAUGUUGAACCACCAGCUGAAUCAUUAUCAACAACACAAGCUAAAGUUUUAAUAGAAGUUCAAGGUGGUAAUCAUGAAUUACAUCAUGUUGAUAAUCCUCCAAAAGAUGGAUUAAGUGAUGCUGAAAAACAAGCUUAUUUGGAAGAGAAACAAUCAAAUUAA